UUGACCGGUGAUGCGUGCUGCACAGCCAAGCUAAUCCUUGUUGUACAUGAACGUAUACGUAUGCGGAGAACAUGUGCGGAAGUGAAACUUUUGCGUAGAAAUGACGGAAAUUUGUUGAUAUAGAAUCGUCGCUUUUGGAUUAUGGACUUCAUUUCCCGGACACCAUGAAAUGCCUGGAGCCCAGGGUCACUCCAGUGCUGUUUUGGGGGAUUCAUGCGGUCCUUUUCGCCCAGGUUGUCGCUGGGUCGUCAUGGUACUUAGGAUGUACUCACGGCAACACAUCAUCAGAGAGCUCACUGCAAGACUCAGAUGGGAAUCUGGAGUUCACCCCAGCCUCAUGUGCAAGCUCUUGUUGGGCAAGAGGAUUCCUGUAUGCUGGUAUACAUGGACAAGGUGCCAAUUGUACCUGUAGCAGUGUAAUAGGAGAGAGGUUACCAGACCAAUUAUGCAAUAUAACAUGUGGAAAUGUCAGUCUACCGUGCGGAGGUGACGGCGCAGUCAGUGUCUACUCGGUGGACGGUCCCUAUUUAUUAACCGCCGAGCUGAGUCGGUCUCGACACUUGGUGCAGGAAGGGACCACAGUCCGCUUCGAGGCCCGAGUGGCCCUGGCAAGGGAUGAACUGGAAGACUUAGGUCUAGAUGGAUUCAGUGGCAGCCAGUUUGAUGAAAUUGUCUUCAGGUGGAAUGUAAAUGGUGAACGGAUUGCGGAGACGUCCCUUCACUAUGGCAACUCCUCUGUCGUAGACAGUUUUGUGUAUACUUUUCGUCAUGAGGGGAGAUGGCUCAUAGAUGUGGACGUCAGCAAUGCUAUAUCUGCUCUCACACGCACCACUGGCAUCACCGUGGUGCGCCCUCUGCCCUCCGACCUCCAGGUCAUUCUGCGGCCCACCCAGGGUGAUGCUCCCUCCUGCGUUCCCGCGUCAGACGUUACGGCUGCAGCGUCCCUGCCCGCCGUAUCAGUCUUCGUAGGGGAAGAGGUGGAGUUUCAGGCCUCGGUGGCCAUGGGAGUCAACUUGACAUUUGCGUGGGCAUUUGGUGGCGUCAAUGACGACAGUUUAAACGUCACGGAAGUGUCUUUAGAAGAGCCCGAGUGCGAAGGGAUCACUUGCAUGCAGGAUAUCCAGGUACAAAGAUUUACGCUAGAGGGCGUGUAUGAAGUGACGGUCAACGUCUCCAAUUAUCUUGGCAGUAUUCAAAAGACUCUACAUGUGGUGGUAGUUAGUCGUGAGAUAACAAAUCUCACUAUGUCAGUGUCGUCCAACUCGGCCUUCAUCAACAAGGUGAAUGCUAGCUUGGGGUUGCUCAUCACCAUGGCAACAACAGCGAGGCAGCAGGUGCUGCUGCAGGUAGACUUUGGGGACGGGUCGGUGUUCAACCACAGCAUGUAUGACAUCAACGACACCUUCAUCACCGUUGGCGACGAGGAUAGCGCGCACCUGCACCUCACCGCCAGCUACGGCGAGGGAUGUACCCUCUUUGUGUCACUGAGCCACCGGUACCGGAGUGCUGGUGUCUUCGCCGUGGAAGCCAGUGUCUUCCAGGACUGGGACAGCAAGAAAGCCGGCGUGGUCACACUUGGCUCCUCUGUGGUUGUCCAAGAAGUUAUCAGAUCAAUCCAGAUAGAAAUGCAGAAUGUGUACGCCACUCACGCCCUAGCCAAUUUUAGCCUUGUGAUGCCCGUGGUAACCACAAACAUGUCAUAUCUGUGGUCUGUGGUAUCAAACAAUGCUACUGUUCAUCUACAAUGUCAUUCAGAGCCAACUUGCUUCCAUAACUUCACUGCACCGGGCCAGUACCUGCUAGCAGUCAAUGCUUCAAAUCUUGUGAGCAUGGCCCUUGCACAAGUUGUAGUAUCAGUUCAGGAAGUCAUCAGGGGCCUUUCGAUAAAUGGUGGCAGUGGUGGGAUACUACCAACUGGCUCUUCCAUCCCCUUCACUGCCUCCAUAGAAGCAGGUACUACCGUACAAUUCACAUGGCACUUCUCGGACCUGUUAGGAAUCACGGAACAGCAGGAUUAUCUCUCAAGUGCCACGGCAGUCUCUCAAGCCAACCACACUUUCUACACAAGCGGGGUGUACAAUAUCAGCGUCACUGCCAGUAAUGACGUCAGCUCUGAGACUGUGCAUCUCCCCGAAGGCGUCCUCGUGCAGGACCCAGUAAUGGGACUGAGUCUCAUCAGCACUGGACCCACCUUACUGGGCGAUCCCACCCUCAUAAACGUAACGCUCCUCCAAGGUACUCACCUCAUGUUCUCUGUUCACACAGAGAUGGGCCAGGUCACUCCCAACAUUCAGCAUCUCACAGAUGACAACAACUACAUCCUUGAACUUGUCAUCAGUGAUCCAGGAGUGUUCCAUGUGACUGUCAUCAUCAGCAAUAACAUCUCUUCAGAGAAUGCCACUCUCUGUGUGGCAGUGCAGGAUCGAGUGGGAAGUGUUUCCAUCCAAGAGUUUUACCCCAGGAGUGGGCAGCUCAUUUUACUGGCAAGAUUGGACGGUGAAAUACCAGAUCGCACAGAUGUGAUGUACACCUGGCAGGUCAGAGAUGAAAACAUCACUAGCGCAAGCCCCCUGCUUGCGUUGCCGGUCUGCUUACAUCCAGAACCAGUAGUGGUCCAAGCCAGUAACCAAGUGGAUGCAAGCCAAGAGGAAAUGAUUAUAGAUUCUUCCAUCCCUCAGACAAAGUACUCCCUAGACUGUCCAGUAUAUGGAGAGGCAGGUGCUCCCCUGUUGUGCACUUUACAGAUACCAGGGGAGGCUAGUGCACCCCCAGUUCAAGUCCUGAUCGAUCAUGGAGAUGGCACCCCUAAUGUAACCCAUCCGGUCACCCCAGGGGUCCCUGUCUCCUGGAACUGGACCAUCCCUCACCCGGGGGUCUACCCUCUGCGCCUAUGGUUCCACCAGGAAGGUGAAGAUGUCUCGGGCGAAACUGUUGUGGCUGUUCAGAAUGUCAUUGCUGGUGUUCAAAUGACAGGUCCUGUGCUGAGCAAGUUCUUUGGACCUGUCAUGACACAAACGUGGGAAGUGACACCCUCGUCGGGAACGGACAUUCUCUACACCUGGACAAUCGCGCCAAUCCAAACCGACUAUUCCUAUGGGACAGAGACAAGUGCCAAGGCCAGCAUGGCACUGAUCCAGCUGGCUGGUUCUCAUGGAAAGGUGUCUCUGCCAUUCUAUGCCCCUGGACUGUACAACAUCUCCCUCCAUGCCAGCAAUCUCAUCUCCGCCGUUGCGUUCCACUCCCAAACGACCCUCCAGCAGCCGAUCGUCCAAGCCACUGUCCUCAUCGACCCAGCUCUGGUCGGCACGCUCUCGACCUAUCUGGUGGUUGUCCGAGGCGGGCCUCCCUUUGAGUUCCACAUUGACUUUGGAGUGGACGGCGAGUCCUCCCUUUCUGCCUCCUCGGAGGAGUUGGCCUCACUGGGCCGAGAGGUCAUCGACUACCUCCUGGACCCGCCGGCAUGCCUCUACACCUUCAACAAGACCUACCCGGGCCUGGGCUGGUACGACAGCUCCUUCCGCAUCAGGAACCUGGUCUCGGAGAAGACUGUCACCACUACCGCAAAAGUGGAGGAGUGGAUCACAGGCCUGACCCUCACCUCCCAGAGUUCAACUCUGGUCAGAAUUGGGCAGUCGGUUGUCCUGGAGGCUGUGGUGGAAACUGGCAAUGAUGUGGAUUUCACCUGGGACUUCCAAGACCCUUUUUCGGAUCCUGUCCUGAUGAACUGCCUGAACGCGAGCACAGCCACCCACACUUUCAGCCGGCCUGGCACCUACUAUGUCUCAGUCAGUGCCGGCAACUCCCUCCAGCCCCGGCCACUGACCAUCGCCCACCCGGUCCCCUUCGUGGUCCAGGAGCCCCCCUAUGCCCUGGAGCUGAACCCUCCCACAGGCCAGGCGCGGGGAGCGGCCCUCACCCAUCGAGGUAGCAACCACUGGGCCACGGAGGUACUGGCCUUCCAGGCGCAGUGCUGGGGGUCGCACCUGGUAUUCUACUUUGACUUCGGGGAUGGGACUGCGGAGAAAGUGGAAGGGACAUUGGAUGAUUACGGGUCUUACCAAGCUUCUGGACGCCACCAGUAUUUCGCAGAGGGAAACUACACCGUCAGUGUGACCGCUGGGAACCUUGUGAGCAAUGAGACGCGCUUCCUGCCCCAGCUGUACUAUGUUCAGGUACCCCCCACCAGCCUGCGCUGCGAGAGUUCCUACUAUGCCCAAGCCUUUGGUAACGUGUCGCACCUGGCCGUUCGAGUGGAGACAGGGACCCACUUGUUCUACAACUGGUCCAUGGGAGACCAAACUGAUUACAUCGAUGUGGGUCCGGCGGUGAGCCACGUCUACCGCUCACCGGGCAUCUUCACUGUCACCGUGGUGGCUUUCAACAAGGUCCAGAAGGCCCAGGCCACCUGCCGGGUGUCGGUGGAGGUACAGGUCCAGGGCGUCCAGCUGUUGGUGGAGAAGAGGCUGUACCCGACCUACACCCACAUCACCCUGGAAGCAGUGACCAUCACGAACAGCGCCCUCUGGUACCACUGGGAUAUGGGUGACCAACGAGACGUGCAGAUCACGUCGGUCAACACGCUAACAUACUUGUACACCUUCCAUGGCAGGUACUACGUGACUGUCUUGGCCGGUAACCAUGUCAGCAAUGCCACCUCCCUGCCUGUGGAGCUGACCCUGCAGACUGCCAUCCAGCACGUCUCCAUCAAUGCCCAAAGUGCCUCCCUGGUCAACCAGUCCACCCUCUUCGAAGCCUGGGUCUUCAAGGGCAGUGACAUGAACUUUGUCUGGGACUUUGGGGAUGGAUCAGGCAAGGUGUACACCACAGCACUGAGUGUCUAUCACAAGUAUAACAGAACUGGAGAGUUUUUCCUCCACCUGGAAGUGAGCAAUCUGGUCAGCAACUCCACGGCCACAUCCAAAAUCUUCAUCCUGACCAGAAUGUGCCGUCCACCCGUAAUGGACAUUGUAGGCACCGAUCCCAGGACAGUGAGACACUCUGAAGACAUCCGCAUAGAAGCUGAAGUCGCAAUCGACUGUGAGAUCACCAACUUGGCUUUUUAUUCCUGGUCGGUCACCCACGCCCAAAACGGCAGUGCAGUUGCCCUACAGCAAGACCAGGCAUCGCUCAACCAGCGAACGCUGCACAUCCCAAGAUGGGACCUGCCGUAUGGACAUUACAUGUUUGCACUCAACGUGGUCAUGAACGGGACCAUCGUCCAUGCCCAGGACAGCGUCUCCCUUGAAGUCACCCAGAGCCCUCUGAUGAGCGUCAUCGAGGGCGGGACGAGGCGUUACUUCAGCUCAGACAUGACAGUGACCCUCAACGGCAGCUUUUCCUAUGACCCCGACGACCAUAAUGACAACACCAACCUGAGGUACAACUGGACUUGCUACCCACUGAAUGUGCCCACUGCUCCUUGCUUCAACGAGACAGCCCUCAUGUUGGCCAACCAGACCUCCCUCCUCCCAUCAUCCAAUGCGUCCCUGGUCUUCCCCGCCUCCUGGCUUCUGGCCAACGGGUCCAGGUCCUUCGUCUUUGCCUUGCGCGUUGGCAAGGAGGGUCGGGCUGACGUGGAAACCACGCAGGUCCUCUCGCUCGUGCGGGAGACAGAAGAAGGGCAAGAAGAGAGGCAAAUGCAGGUAUCGAUUGACUGCCUCAAAUGCGAAGACGGCAUCGUCAAUGCCAACGAGCAGUUAACCCUGGAAGCUGUCUGCCCGGAGUGCGAUGAGAACACCACUUACACUUGGGAGCUCUACGUGGUUCUGGAUGGCAUUACGUCAAGCAGCUACUUUGAUUUAACGUCAGGUCGUCGAUGUGUACCUGGUGAUGGAUCCUAUGGCCAGUAUCUGGUAGCCAAUGAGAGUUCCCCGUCGUCACCCUCGUCCAAUCCGGAGGAAGACAGCAACAUCAUCAACCAAAGUACUCAGACAGUUGCCACUUCAACUGCUCAAAACAACUUCAGCAAUGCUAUCAACACAGGACUUCUGCCAUCUGGCAGUGUAGAGGAAGACACUGCCACUGACUCAUCUCAGACUAACGGCUCUGCGUCUCUCAAUCAACUCGGUGGACAGGAUUCUGUGGUUCCAGUGUCGGAGCCAGCAACAACGGUUGGCUCUGGUCUUGAUCUUGGAGGUGGUGAUUACACAGGGGAUUCCUUUCAGGAAGGGAGCAUUGAUGAGGGGUUUGGCAGUCUCACUGAAGAGACGGGAUCAAGCUUGGUUGAGGAUGUUGCUGUUAACGAAGAAGCACCAGCUCCCUUGGCAAUUUUGGGCACUCCUGCAGCUUUGGGAAACUCUUCUGUGGGAAUGACAGGUGUCGCUGAACACCUGAAUGGAAGCAGCUCAGCAAGUACCAACGUGAGUUUGGGUGAAGCAGCUGGUAGCUUUGGGGAGGCAGUUGGUAGUUUUGAGGAAGCCACAGGCAGUUUUGAAGAGGCCGCAGGAAGUUUUGAAGAGGCGGGUGGUAGCUUUGUGGAAGCUGGCAGUAGUUUCCAGGAAGCUGUGGGUAGCUUUGCCGAGGCCAGUGAUGCAUUUGGAAGUCUUGCUGAAGGUGGGGGGAGUCUUGUGGAAGCUGGUGGCAGCCUCGCAGAAGCUGGAGGCAGUGUUGAGGAACCAGGUGAAAGCCCCACAACCCCUAUAGAUGGACUAAUCACAGCCAGUGGAAACCCGGCUGAAAGUGUUGGAAGCCUUGCAGAAGGUGGUGGGAGCUUUGAAGAAGCAGGUGGAAGCUUUGAAGAAGCAGCUGGAAGUUUUGAAGAAGCUGGCGGGAGCUUUGAAGAAGCUGGGGGAAGCUUUGCAGAAGCCGGUGGAAGCUUUAUGGAAGCUGGAGGUAGCAUUGUGGAAGCUGGUAAUGGCUCGAUGGCAGGCAAUGGAAGCCAGGCGGAAGCAGAGGGAAGUGUUGGCUCUGAAAUAGGGGGAAGCAUUGCUGAAACUGUCGGAAGCCAAGUUGAAGGAGGCAGCAGUCUCACUGAAGCUGGUGGAAGCUUUGACGAAGCAGGGGGCAGCCUGGACGAAGCUGGCAGCAGUGUUGCUGAAAACAGUUUUCUGGAAGAGCUCCCUGGAUCAUCCGGCUCCAAUGACACUGACGGAAGUUCUCCGCGAGGCACUGGUGUCUCCCCAACAGAAGGCUCCCCCACAGUGGGAACUCCACCGGGAAGCGCAAGUGAUUCCCAAGCGAGCACUCCUACCCACACCGCACCUGACACUGGCCAGCAAAGUCCCAAUGUCAGCCAGCCGGUUGAUACUGAUGGUGGCGAUUUCAUAAGUGAAGAUUACUAUGACGGCAAUUACCCUGAGGAAUACCUCGGUUCCAGUGAUGAGCCUGGUUUGAACCCUCCACCACCACCUGAUACCAACACAGAUGGGGACGACGGCAGCAACAACGGUGAUCCGGUAGUGGACCCGAACGCGCCGCCGGCUGUUAGCGAGCACGUGGUGUCCAAGUCCCUCCAGCAGCGGGUGCUGACCCCCCAGGACACCACCACGGGCCUGUCCGGCCGGGCACUGACCAUCAAGCCAGGCCUGCUGGAUGAGAACAGGACCUAUGCCCUUGUCAUUUCCACACAUAAGAACGAGAAUGGUGUCAUGAAAACGGGAAAGGCUUACCAGUACGCCACAGUCAACAGAGGCCCCAGGGCAGGGCUGUGCUCCAUAACACCCGAUGAGGGCAACGAGAUGGAGACCGUCUUUACCAUCAACUGCCUGGGAUGGCAGGAUGAGCAUUCUCCGAUCCAGUAUGAAGUCAGUUACAGCUUGAACGAGACAGAGGACCUGACUAUCCUGUACUUUGGCAUGAAGCACGCCGUCAAGUUCCAGCUGCCAGCUGGCUACAAAGACAACGAUCACCUGGUUUAUAUCAAAGUGGCUAUAGUUGAUGGUCAAGGAGGGAAGACAUCCGUCUGCUCCAUCAACAUCCAGGUCCUGCCCAAGACGUUUGGCCCGGGAGAGAGCGUCGAGGAAUUCUUGUACAACGUGACGCGGUUGCUGUCGCUGCGCAGGCAGAUCCGGUCGGCCCUGGUCUCGGCCCUUAUCACCCUGCCCAUGAGGGACCAGUUGGAGAUCCAGCAGAGCAGCAUGGCAACCGCAGCCAGCAGCUACGUGCCCCUGGAGCUUCCGAUCAACACUGUGAUCCUAGCCGCCCAGUCCGUCAACUCCAGCAUGACCAGCGCGGUGGCCAACGCCCACCUCCUGGGCCAGCUGGACGUGGACAUCCUGGUGGCGCUGACCAGCACCACGUCCAGCGUGGUCAGCGCCCUGGCCAUGGACCACACCCAGGCCAUCGGGCGGCGGCACCACAAGUUGGCCAUCCAGAGGUCUGUGGGGGCCGUCCAGGGGCUAUUGCAGACCUACCUCCAGCUGCAGAAGCCAGACGAGGAGCCCCUCCUCAUCCAUACCCAUGCGGUGGACCUCCUGGGCGCCCGGCAGACGUCGUUGGCCUCCGUUGACCUGACGGCCGGCCGCAACGCCUUCACCCUGCCCGUUGGCCUGGAGCAGGUCCUGCACGCCCAGAAUGGCGGGGGCGUGAUUGGCACCUACACGUGCCACGACAUGGCCAUCCCCUGCUGGGACCUGGAGAUGGUCACCUACCGGGCCAACCCUUACCUCUGGGGAGAGGGUGCCCACAAAGUGACUUCGGACGUGUCAUCUCUCACGCUGCACUCGUGCACAGGCCAGGAGCUGAAGGUGGAGAAUCUGACGGCCGGCAAAGAAAUCGUGUUUGAAGUGGCGCACACUUGCGGCUCCCUUGGGGAUUCCCUGAUGUGCAACCUCACCCUUGACAAGGCCUUCAUGAACGUCCACGAGUUCAACGUGUCGGAGGAGGGCGUCAGCCAAGCGUUCCAGAUCAUGGUGCGGCUAGCCCCCGAGACCCGACGUACCUUCCCCGUCAAGCUCAUCAUGAGGUAUGGCAUCAGGCCCACUCCAAUCGAGUACGACAGAUCCUGGAUGUACGAGAAAGAGGACGAAGAUCUAGUCCUCUUUCUCCCUCCAAAUACGUUCAAUGCGACCGGCAAGCACUACCUAGCCCUCAUUGAUGCCGAGUACGGCGAGAGCAGCUACGGACAGGAUGAGGUCAGCACGCGGCAGUACCUGAUGCGACUGUGGUGGGGAGAAUGCCUCUAUUGGAACACCCAAAAUGAUGCCUGGGUGGGUGACGGCUGCGAGGUGAUGCACUCCUCCACCUACGAGCUGACCCGCUGCAAGUGCAACCACCUGACGGCCUUCGGGGUCACUUUCCUGCCUAUCUCCGUCAUCCUGGAUGUUGUCAGCCUGACAGUGUUUGACACGCCCAUCACUAAUCCCAUCCCCUACUCCUUCACGGUCGGCAUCCUGGGCAUCUACAUUGUCCUCUUGGUCUACUGCUACCUGGCCGACAAGCACGACGAGCGAAAGCUGGGGCUCAUCUACCUGUCGGACAACCAGCCGGCCGACCAGCAGUAUUACGAGAUCACUGUCGAGACGGGCAUGCGGGCAGGGGCCGGCACCACGGCCAGGGUGAGUAUGGUACUGCAUGGCAACGAGGCCCACUCAGAGACCAAGGAGCUCAUCUGCAAGGGUCGGCCCAUCUUUGAGAAGAACUCCAGGGACCGAUUCAUUGUCAGUGUCCCCGAGUCGCUGGGCAACCUCCGGAGGCUCCACGUCUGGCACAACAACGCCGGCCACUCCCCCAGCUGGUUCCUGAGCCGGGUGGCCGUCCGCGACCUCCUGACUGGCCGCAAGUGGUACUUCAUCUGCGAGCGCUGGUUCGCCGUGGAGGAGGACGACGGGAGGAUCGAGCGGGACCUUGAGGUCCUGGACAAGGGGGUCGGCUUUCAGAAGGCCUUCUUUGCCAAACUAUUCCAGUACUUUGCCGACUACUACCUGUGGAGCUCCAUCUUCACUCGUCCCCCGUACAGCGUCUUCACCCGCAUCCAGCGGCUGACCUGCAGCCUGUCCAUUUCCAUGGGCUUCCUCUGCAUCAACACCAUCUGGUACCAGCACCUGGGCAAAGAGGAGGUAGAUCUUGGCCUGAUUGAUGUGUCGGGAGAGGCCAUGUUGGUUGGCAUAGUGACAGCUAUACUGGCUAUCCCCGUGAACUUCCCUAUCAUAAUGGUCUUCCGUAGAGCGAGGCCCCGACGUGAAGAGAUUGAGGAGGAAAAGAACUUCAGGAGUGUCAAGACAACAAUUGAGCUUCCCGAGUCGGCUGCCCCAGUGGAGACCAUACUCAACCAGGGCAGUCUGGAUUCUGGCGUGGGGGAGCGUGCUGACGUCACCUUGGAGGACCUCCAGGGAUGGGCGCAGGAGAAAUGGAAGCACAGGCUGAAGGGUUCGUCCAGCCACAGUGACGACAUGCACAAAAGCUAUGACUCCAUCAGCUUCGGCAGCAGCAGCGGUGGCAGCACCAGUGCCUAUGACGACGGCCUGAGUGGCAGCAGCCUGAGUGGCAGCGCCGGCAAGCACCCGAGUGAUGUCUCAGACAGCGGGGUCAGCUCGCCGGACACCCGCAGCCUGGAGUCAGGGUAUGGGGCGCUCGCCACCGCAGGGGCCGGCUGCCAGGCUUACCACAAGCGACUGGCUAACCCCAAGAUCUGGCUGCCCAACUGGUGCGGCAAGCUGGCCUGGGCCAUCUGUGGCUUCAUCACUGUCUUCUCAGCUGUGGUGACCAUCUAUUACGGAUACAGGUUCAGCGAUGUGAAGUCAGUCUACUGGAUGCAAUCCGUCUACUUCUCCUUCUUGCAGUGCAUCUUUGUCACUCAGCCGGCGGUGAUGCUGAUGUUCACCAUCCUGAAGUCGGUCCGGCACAGGAACAACAUCCACAUUUUCGAUCACUAUGAUGACAACGUUGACCUGAUUGACAAGAAAAGCCUGGACAGGGCGCGCUUGGAAGGCUACGAAAACGACAUGGCCAAGGCCAUAGCAGCAAGGCAGCGCUCGCGCUACCUGCGAUUCGCUCGCCCACCCCAGGCAAAGGAGCUCCAGAAGGCCAAGGAGAAGAUGCUGAAGGAGAAGAACAUGUGGGCCAUCCUAAAGGAUGUGAUCAUGUACUCCACCCUGUUUGCCUGCCUGAUGUGGAUGGCGUACGGCCGCGAGGUGACCUACCACUAUCCUGUCAACCGGGGAGUCCGACAGACCUUCCUAGAGACACCGCAUCCCUUUACUGCUGUUUCAUCCGUCGACGAGCUCUGGUCCUGGAUGAAUGGGGACCUGUUGGACAAUCUGUACUGGGAAAAGUGGUACAACGCGGAAACAGUCUCCGAAGAAAAGAUCUCCAUCAUGAACGGAGAGAGCGUUCUCCUGGGCAAGGCGAGCCUGCGCCAGGUCCGCGUCCGCCACCGCACCUGCCCCCUGGCCACCCCGGUCCAGCCGCUUUUCACCGACUGCCGGGCGGGCUACACCCUUGCCGGCCAGUCCACCAAGCCCUAUGGGCCCGAGGGAGCCUGGAUCCAUGCCGGUAAGGCGGCGCUGAAGCGCUACUGCAAGUGGGGCUACUUUGGAUCCUACGAGGGGGACGGAUUUGUAAUCAGCCUCAACAACAGCCGGGAAGAGGCUCAGAGCCAACUGGCCUUUUUGCAGAAUAAUUCCUGGAUUGACGAACAGACCAGGGCGGUCAUUGUGGAGUUCACCUUGUACAACGCGCCCACAAACCUCUACACGUCUGUGGCUUUUCUGGCAGAGAUGCCGGGCACCGGUGCCGUCAACCCCCUGCCAAAGAUUGAGUCGGUUCUGCUUUAUCGCUACGAGAUGGUUUACGACUACUUCAUCAUGGGCUGUGAGCUUCUCUUCCUCCUCAUCGUGGCUGUUUCGGGCAAGCGAGAGGUCCAGAAGCUGGUGAAGAUCAGAGCCAAGUUUUUCAAGAGCAUCUGGUCCUGGAUGGAGAUGGGCAUGAUAAUUCUUUCCCUGGCCUACUUUGCCAUGUACGUCUGCCGCUUCAUGUACGUCAACGAUGCCACCCAGCACCUGCGAGAGACCUACUCGGAGGAGUUUGUGGACUUUUCUCUCCUGGCCUACUGGGAUCAGAUACUGAAGGACCUGCUGGCCAGUUUGAUCUUCCUAGCUUCAGUCAAGUUCCUGCGUCUGCUGCGCUUCAACCAGACAGUGGCCAUGUUUGGGGCCGUGAUUGAUGGAGCCAUCAAGGAAAUCCUGACUUUUGCGCUAUACAUGCUUGUCCUGGAGGCUGCCUUUGCCUGCCUGGGCGUCCUGCUCUUCUCCACCCAUUUCUACCCCUUGAAGCACCUGUACGUGUCCACCAAUCUCCUGAAUGCCAUGGUCGUGGGUCAUCCACCGCACCACGAAGACCUAGCGGCCGAGUUCCCUGUCCUGUGGCAUUUGUUCUACGUUGCCUACGUGGUCAGCAUGAUCAUUGUCAUGGCAGGAUUGAUCAAAGCCAUCCUGUGCCACAGCUACAAGCAGGUCAAGCAGCACCAGGUGGAGGCGGUCGGAGGCCAGGAGGUGGUCCGCUUCUUCUGGAACAAGUUCCUGGUGCGCGUGGGCCUGAGGGACGUGCCUGACGAGGACAAGCCCACGGCACUGCCAACGGAGUUUACCAUGGCUGAGAUCGAGUACCAGGUGGACGAGCUGCUCUUCCGCAUGAACGCCAUCACCCACCAGCAUGGCUUGCCUGCCAAGCCCUACGGGUACUUCGAAGACUCAGACGGCAUUCACAACAUGAUGGAGGACGGAAUAUCCAGCUCGUGCUCGGAGCUCAAUCUCUUUGACCACGUCCGCCUGGAGGAUCGAGUGCAGAAGAUCGAGACGCAGCUCUAUGGUCACAAUCCUGAAAUGCGGGAACUACUGGACGGGAACUGCUUCACAGACGAAGACCGUGAGAAACAACUCAGGGCCCAACUGGAGCUUGAGAUCUUCCGGCAGCUGCAGAUGCAGCGGCAGGAGGAGUACCGACUGCAGCAGGAGCUGCAUGACAGUGGCCAUGACACCCAGUCCACCUCGGAGCACCUGGAGCUGGGUAGCGAUGAUGUCUCCCUUGACCGUCAGCCACAGGCGCCGCUCAGUGUCCGCGAUGCCCAGGGCCGGCCCAGCUUCCCCAGGCCGGUGGCCAAUCUAGGUACUUUAGAAACACAGCCACUGCCUGUGCGGCCCCCUCUAGCUAUUUUCACGAACCUGAAGCAAGCUUGGGACCAGCCGAGCUCUUCUCAAGAACUGCCCAGUGGUCAGGGACACGUUGCCCCUCGGGGAAUGACUAGGGUGGCCAAAACCCAGGACAGACAGACAGACUCAUCCCAGAGUACAAGUGACAUGACUAGGAGGCCGUACACUGCGAGCACGGCCGAAAGGCGGAAGACAGGAGAGCACCGGCUCAAACCGACGUCAGCGUCUUUGGCGAGGCGCGACCAGCCGCUGCUGUCCAGUUCUGAGGUGCUGGACUCGCACAGCAGCUCAUCGUCCAGCUACGUCCACAGGACAGACUCGCUGUCGUCCCACGCCAGCGACGUGGUGACCUCGCAGGUUGAUGCAGCACUGGCAUGGUCCCACAUCGGGCGCGCCGUCCGCAAGAACCCAGAACCCCAAAAGGUCGACCUGGAGCAGCUGGUGCGUGAUUACCCAGAGGGGAGCAGACCAGCCGUUGAAAGAGCCGUCAGUGUGGAGAGCUUCCCACUACCCAACGCUUUAGAUGGUCUGUCAUCCAGCUCUGACAACGAAGACAGGAAGUCGGCCAAGCUGCAGAGAGGGAGCAAGGAGUCAGAUGCCAGACACCGACUACGAAAGACACGGUCUCGCGGCAAGGGCAAAGGGCACAGACGAUGCGAGGAGGCGGCCUACGUGAACGACGCAUUCAGCACAGACAGCGAAGACGACAUACCAGUCAUUCAAAUGGGACCAGCAAUGCACAAUGAAAGAAUAUGACACCAAAAUCAACCAAUCAAAGUGAUAAAAUUGGAUUUCCAAAACCGCUGUCAACAUUUUAUAAAAAAAAUAGUGAAUUAGAUUACAUCUUUUAUAAUUAAGUCACUGUGAAUAAAUUAGGGGCAAGACACUUACAGCGCUUAUUAUGUGAUGAACUAACAAUGUGUGCUUACUAAAAUUUCCACCAUUGCAUUGCAUUCAUUUGUUUUAUUUUUAUUAUUGUGAAAAAAAAAUCAUCUGUACAAUGAAGCUGCCAUGUGAUCUUCUGUACAGGAUUUUACAAUCAAAUUUUCGAACUGUACAAAUUGAAAGUGAAUUUUCACAAAUAUUCUGUUCAUGUUACUCAACCUUCCAUAGGCAAGCCAAGCCUAAGAGAAGUAGUACAUUUAUACAAAAUACUCUUGUCUUUAAUGUAAAUUGUUUUCAUCUACCUAGGCUUUGUGAAGUGUCAAGGAUCACCACUGGAAAUACCAUUUCUUGAUUGGGACAAAAGUUAAUGUUUUAACCCCUUCGCUCCAGAGACAUCGACAGCCAUGGCUUUGUGUGAGGAUGAGUGCAUAGCACACAUACACUCUGUUCAUAAUGCACCUGCAGUUUCAAUGUGGGCCUGCUGCUGGACAGAGCCUUGCAUACUGGGCAUACCGCAGCCCAGCAGUCACGGUCAAAAGAAUUCCGCUGUGAAGGGGUUAAUUAAGGAGCUUUAUAUUUUUUAAAUAAUUGAUAGAUUAGUCCCAAAUAGAAACGUGAAGAGCUGCCAAUUAUAAUCAAAGUACAUAUAUAAAUUGUUUAUUUCAGCGAUUGUUUCUUACAUUGAUGAAAUGGUUCAUUAAAUGGUGGCACUAAAUCAGAUAUUAAGUUUCAGCAGCAAUUUAUGUCACAGAGAUGUUUUAUCUGUCCACAUUGCGUCCAUAGAUUUACUCUGCUGGCAAGGUUUACUCAACUGAAAUUUUGAAAUAUAAUGAGAGUCUAACCCACCAAAGAUGUCUGAUUAAAACUAUUUCCUUAGUUUUGAACCAGAAAAGUAGAAAGUGCUGGUUUGUAUAUUUAUGAAAUAUACUCGUAGACCUGUAGCAAAGUUUUGUAUCCAAUUUCAACAGUAUUAAUUUUACAUAAAACAACAUAUCUUUGUACUUUUUAAUACAACUUUUGUAAUAUAAUUGAGUUAACUUAUUCUUUUUUUUUAAAAAGAAUGAAUAAAACGAUGUAAAGAACAAUA